GUGGAACCUCAAUUAAUUUUGGAAAAAUCUGCUCUUAGUUUUUUACUAUUCCCUUCCUUCGUAUAAUAUAUUAACAGGUUAUGUCAAGUUCGUAAUAGGUAGAGAACUUAGUAUUUAUAAAUGAUUAGGAAUUUGAAAUGUCAUUGUGCCGCAUUAUCAAACAGCAAAGUUUAAGGAAUGUGCUGCUGAUGAGAAAAAUUGAAGAAGAUUUAAACAUCCAUAAACUAAUAUCGACUAUUAAAGUACUACCAGUAUUCACGCAAAACAAUAUUCACACUAGUUCCAAUAAUGGUCCUUGGAGUGUAUUAUUUUUUGGCACCGAUGAAUUUGCUUUGGAAAGCCUCAAAAAACUUCAUGCCAAAUAUAGGUCCAAAAAGUUAUUGCACAGGCUGGAAGUUGUGACAGCUUACAAAGGUAAAGAAAAUGCUGUUCAACGAUAUGCCAAUCUUCAUAGUAUUCCCAUUCAUCAUUGGCCGCUAAAGAUCAACACAUCAGAAUUUCAUAUUGGUUUGGUUGUAUCUUUUGGACAUCUGAUUCCAUCUGACAUCAUACACUCUUUCCCAUUAGGUAUGUUAAAUGUACAUGCUAGUCUAUUGCCAAGAUGGAGAGGAGCAGCACCAAUUAUUUAUUCUUUAAUGCAUGGAGAUACUCAAACAGGAAUUACAAUAAUGAAUAUAAUGCCAAAAAAAUUUGAUGUGGGAGCCAUCAUUGCUCAGCAGAAAGUUGAUAUUCAUCCUGAUGAGACAAUGCCAGAAUUGUAUAAAAAAUUGUCAUGCAUGGGAGCUGAUUUGUUAGUUAGUACAGUUGAACAGUUACCAAAGGUUUUAACAUUUGGGAAACCUCAAGGAGAUACUGCUCCAAAAGUAUCAUCAAAAAUAUCGUUAGUGAAGUGGAGUGAAAUGACUGCAAAGGAUGUAUAUAAUUUACAACGUGCGAUCACAGGCUUGUACCCCUUGACUACAAAAUUUCAGGAUAUUACGAUCAAGAUAUUGAAUAUCAAAGUGCUAGAAAAGCAAACUCAAGCAUAUAGUUCAUCACAUAGUUCACCUGGAUCAGUGAUAUAUGACAAGAAGAAUGAUAUUUUGGCUGUAUGCUGUCGAGAUAACACAUGGGUUUCUAUUGAAAAAUUGGUUGUACCUGGACGCCAACCCAUGUCAGCUCGUGAUUUUAAUAACGGCUUUAUAUCUAAGCAUAAAAAUUUUGAAACCUACUUUCAGUGAUAAAAAUUAAUGAUAGUGUUCUGUAUGAAAAGUAAAUAUAAAGUUAAUCAUCUUA